AUGGGUAAAGAUCAGCAGAAGAAGAUGAGAUUGAUCAGCUCUGCUUCUUCUUCUGUAUGGGUGUUGGUAAUGCUGGCGACUGCGUUUAUAGUAAUCAUGAUCGGCGCAAAUGCUACAGCAGCUGCUGCAGCUCGGUCGAUGCCUUCAACUGAUCAUGAGGCUAACGUCGCUGUUUACCGCGCCACUCCAAGUACAUUUAAUUAA